CAAAAGUAGAUUAGGAGAUUUUCCCUUUUACCUCAUGUUUUCUUUUUUCUGUUUACAUUUUUUACUUUUUGUUUUUUUUGAUUUAAUUGUGAUUUAAUUGUUACCAUGAUUAGAAAUUAUCUUUUUACUAGACCAUUUAGUACACAAUUAAAGGUAUGUUUACUGAAUACAUUCAAUGAUUUAUCAUCACCAUCUUUACAUGGGUUGAAUGGAAAUAAUUUUGUUCGAAAUUUUCAAACAUCUAGCCCUCUAUUUAGAACGGUUGUUGCCCGACCUAAAGCGUCAAAGAAAAAAACCAAUCCAAUCACAUUUGAAGAAUUGUUACCUCCACAUUUUAUCUCCGUUCGAAAGGGAUUCAAUUCAUUUAACACUUCAAAUUUAUUGGGUGAAAUUCGUUCCGGUGAAACCGCAAUUGAAGAUAUGUUCAUAAGAAAAUUUAUCGAGGGUACUUGGCAUCGUCUUCUAAUUGGUAAACUAAUUAUCAAACGUCGAGCCAACCAAAUCAUUUUGUCCGGUUUAUUUCAUCAAUCUUUGGCUCCAUCAAAAUUUUACUUCCUUCAAGGAUACACCGAAGAAAUAUUGAGCUAUAUUCUUAAAUGUCCAACUAAAAUGGAAAUAUUAACCACCAAUGAUCGUAGAGCAUUAGUGGUUACAUAUAUGUAAUUUUCUAUUCUUUUUUCGCAAUUAACGAAAAAAAAACCAAUAGAAAACCAAAGUGAAAAAAUGUAAAUUAUUCUCUCCCUCCCGAAAAUCAAUGUAUCAGUGUUGAAGCCAAAUAACAAUAGUGUUGGUAAAUAGAAACGUUGAAAAAGCUAA